CACACGAUUCCUCUUCACAACGGCUUCUAUACUUCCCCUCUCAUUCCACAGGCGUCCCCGACGACUUCACCUCCUUCUUUUUCCCCGCACUUUCUUUUAUUAUUGUUGCUUUACAAGCAAUUGACAUGACCCGCAUCGCUGUGCUGUUUCCUUUCGUUGUUUAUUUCCUGAGUGCUAUACCGUAUGGGUCUGCUGGGCCGGCCUGUGCCAAAAAAUAUUGGCAACAACAGUCGUGUGUUGAACAGUGUAAAGGCAAGUGGGGAUAUCCUGGUCUUAUGAUGGGCUCCGGUCCUUGGGGUGCUGUUAUCCAAAAGACGGAAGAGAAUGACUGGGAUUCUGUGAUCGCUUCGGCGUGUGGAAUGCCUGUUUCGUCUACUGCCAGUGCUCCUGCUGCGUCUGCGACAAUUGCGGGUGCUAUAGGCAAUUCCCCCCCUUCUUCCAGUGUCAGCUCUGCGGCUGUGUCCACCACUGAACCUAUCUCAUCUUCUGCUAUCUCGUCGUCAUCUUCCCCUGUUUCCACGUCUCCCUCCAUCAGUAUCUCCAACGCGACAUUUUCCGUAUCCCUAUCUUCUAGCAUCGCUUCCUCAUCCGACACAUCUAUUCUCCUUGCUCCUACGACUUCUUCAACAGAAGAACUAUCUUCUACUUCCCAGUUUACUCCUCCUGCCACGACCUUUAGUGCUGACUCUAGUGCCGCGGAGGCUCCUUCCCCAGCUACGACAUCCACUCCUGCACCUGCACCUCCCCUAACUACGUCGUCUACUCCUGCACCUGCACCUACAACCUCUUCCGUAGUCGCCGCCGUCACUAGUUCUUCGAGUUCUACUUCCUCAGGAUCAAAUGGCUCAGGUGCCUCGGAUAGUGAUGUUCAAGAGUAUUUGUCAGCUCAUAAUUCGGUUCGGGCUCAACACGGCGCAUCCGCUCUUACCUGGAGCAAUGAUGCUGCUACCAAAGCUCAGCAAUGGGCUGACAACUGUGUUUUCCAACACUCUGGAGGAACCCUCGGACCCUUUGGAGAAAAUUUGGCUGCUGGCACUGGGAGUGGCUAUGGAAUUGCUCAAGCGAUCGACUCCUGGUCAAGCGAAGUUUCACAAUAUGAUCCCAGCAAUCCUGUGGCCUCCCAUUUCACUCAGAUGGUAUGGAAAGCGACUACCCAAGUGGGUUGUGCGGUAGCCUCUUGUAGCGGAAUAUUUGCUGCCAGCUUCGGAUUGGCCAGUUUCUACGUAUGUGAGUACUCACCCCAAGGCAACGUUAUUGGCGAAUUCGCACAAAACGUUCAAGCGUAAUGCAGGUCAUGUUUUUCUUUCCCCUUCGUUCGCUUAGCUGUGCUUGGCCCUAUUUCUUUUGAAAGUCGUUCGUUGUUAGUUGCCUGUACUUACAUCUAGGAUGUAGCCUCUGUAGCUUGAAUAGUUGACGUUGUGA